AUGACGGAGUAUAAAUUGGUUGUGGUUGGGGCUGGCGGAGUUGGAAAAAGUGCUCUUACGAUCCAGCUUAUUCAGAAUCAUUUUGUUGAGGAAUAUGACCCAACUAUAGAGGAUUCAUACAGAAAGCAAGUAGUUAUCGAUGGGGAGAUAUGUUUACUAGACAUACUGGAUACUGCUGGCCAGGAAGAAUACAGUGCAAUGCGAGAUCAGUAUAUGCGGACGGGGGAAGGGUUUUUAUGUGUAUUCGCUGUGAAUAACUUAAAAAGCUAUGAAGACAUAAAUCAGUACCGAGAGCAAAUCAAAAGAGUCAAAGAUGCUGAUGAAGUCCCAAUGGUUCUUGUUGGAAACAAAGUCGAUCUCACGAACCGAAGCGUGUGCACAAACGAAGCAAAAAUGUCAGCUAACUCAUAUAAUAUUCCAUACGUCGAGACUUCUGCAAAAACUAGACAAGGUGUCGAGGAUGCUUUCUAUACACUUGUUCGGGAAAUAAGGAAAUAUAAAGAGAAGAAAGGCAAAGAUCGUAAGAAGCGCAAACGAAAAUGUUGCAUACAAUGA